AUGCUUCCGAAGACCUCACAGCAUCCCAGUCGAAGAGACUCACAAACCACCAUCUCAACCGAAAAUCUUGGUGACAGCUCAGACCACGACAGUGUGAAGCGUAUAAUCGAGGCAUACACCCCUUCAAGAGGGCACCAGGACGAAAAGCUAGCCAAAUGCUUAAAUGCAUUCCUUGACAUUCUACCCCAAGAAGGCGCCACUAGAAUCGCAAAUGACAUUUUACGGUGUGGCAACGAUCCCGACAAGUUGUUUGAAGUCUUUGAAAGUCUACGCACUGGACUUCUCAUUCCCAUGAAAUCGUCAAGCCGUGUGUCCUCCGUUGUCAGCUCUCCCCAUUUAAAGCGUGUAGAAAGUCGCGAAUCAGUGGCAGCGCAACUCCCUUCCCCGCUUGCCCGUGAAAAGCGAUUUCGUGACGAUUGUUUGAAGCGAGAUGGCCACUUAUGUCUUGUCACAAAACUUAUGGAUGGUAACCAUUGGGAGACAAUGGGAUCCCCUAACGAGCAGCCAACAGCACCAAUCGAGGUCGCACACAUCAUACCAUUUUCAUAUGCUUAUUUUCCAGCCAAGGAGGAGGAAACUAAUACGUACCGCAUCAAAACAUACCCCCGCUUUGAUCCAAUAAUGCGGCAAAAUCUUCCAAAAGAUCGAAUCGUGAGAUUCGGCACCAAUGACGAUAGCUCCCAGGGUGACCUCCAGCCCCCCGAAGCUGAACUUCUUCGGGCCCACUUUGCUGUCGCAGAGAUACUUCAUGCUUCAGGAAUGGGAGCUGAUAUUGAGAAAGUGAUGGAUGAUAUCGAAUACAUUGGAUGCCUUGUGGAAGAUGGGUCCACCGAUGUUGCUAUCAAGAUCUUAUAUUUAAGAAUAAUUGGUGUGCGGCGAGCGGCUCCUCGGUGGCUUGGCACAGCACUGGCACGGCCCGAGGUCAGCCAAUUGUCCGAGCAUUUUGGUCUGGCGAGAUCCACCAAAAUCUUCAUCGAGAUCUUAAGAUUCAUCCCUGGUGAAAAGCUCUCAGCGGAGAGUCUCUCCGCAAUUAUUCAAAGGCUUAAUCGAGCAAUAGUCAACAGUGAUAUUAUCUGGGAACUUGGGUCAACCGUUGUACUCGGUAUCAGCCCAGAGAGUGUCAUGAAAGCUGGGUGCGGUAUCGACAUCGACCACAUCCCGACAAUGAACCACAUCAAGCAGCGACUUCCCCAACUUCGGUCUCCAGAUAUACACGGAAUCCUUCAAUCUGGGCGCUGGGGUUUUGUGUUCAUGACCAGAAUUGAAGGCGAGCCGCUUGACCGACUUUGGAAAACACUUAGCCCGGCCCAGAAGGAAUCUAUCAAGGAACAACUAGGAUCUAUGUUUUCCAGCAUUAGAUCACUUCCUCCACCUCCUUCAGAUGAACCCCACGCCAUUCUCGGUGGUGGUAUCCCGAGAAGAUGCAAGGAUGCAAGGAGGGAUAUACGGGUUGCAGAGCAUCCCAUUAAAAAUGUGGCCGAGUUCAAUCAGUUUCUGACUUCUGAUCCAAAGCGUACGGAAACGGGAUGGUUGAGGAUGAUUCGUUCGUUUCUUAUCUCCGACUAUAAGUUGGUUAUGACGCACGGCGACCUUCAUCCUCGCAAUGUCAUGGAGCUCAAGCCCAAUGUAUCUCCAUCAGAUGUUCCUGCAGAUUGGGUUGAGGUGACAGGCUUACUUGAUUGGGAAAUGUGCGGCUACUAUUCAGAGUAUUGGGAAUAUGUGAAAGCCCUACAUACAAUUUGCCUGGGAGGUGGCUUUGAUGGCUGGUGGGUCUACCUACCAGUUUCAAUUGGUGUGUGGCCCAAGGAGUAUGCUGUCGACCAAUUGAUAAGCCGCCGUUGGAGGGGCUAG